CCUUACAGCUCGACGCCCCAAAUCCCCUUUUGCCCCCAACUCGUGCUCCCAGCACUAGAUCGACCAUGCGACCGGAUGGCCCUCGUGACCUUGUAACUGGGCCUGACGGAGGCCCGGAGCCUCCUUAUCCCAUUCGCCUAGCCGGCCCGGUCAUCAAGGGCUUUGGGCGGGGCAGCAAAGAAUUGGGUAUUCCCACAGCCAAUAUCCCCGCGGAGGGCCUCGUCGCAUAUCCGGAUUUGCAGGUGGGCGUUUACUACGGGGUGGUGACGCUGGAUCCGGCCCGAUUUGCCUUCAAUGAUGAUGCUUCGUCGCCGAUCCGACCGGCCGUGUUGAGUAUUGGAUACAACCCUUUCUACAAGAACCAAACGCGAUCAAUUGAAAUCCAUAUCAUGCCAUCACUCGCGGCGCCGUCACCCACCACGGACGGCGGUCCUACGAAGUUCCACAAGCUCCCGGAUUUCUAUGGCACAGACCUGCAUCUCUUGAUCCUGGGAUACAUCCGACCAGAGUACGACUAUGUAUCACUAGAGGCGUUGGUGGAGGACAUCCGCCUGGACUGCGAGGUGGCGCGCCGAAGUCUGCAGCGGCCGGCAUAUGCGUGUUAUCUGGAUGGAGAAGAAUGCGCGGAGGACCACCUUCGGCGCCGUCGCAGCAGUUCGUCCGGCACCACGCCCCUCCAGUCACCCUCAAAUGCCGAUCGGCGUCGCAAAGAUGCGGAUACCGGUGCUCUCCGGCGAUUAUACUUGACCUCCGACACCCCCGAAUUCGACGCCGGCAUCCUAGCCCGGUUUCGUGCCGAGGGGUUCAACGUUGAGUAUUUGCCUUUCCCCGGGGGGCAUCAUGCGGACCGCGAACGAGACCGAAAAGACCUCGAGUAUCUCCUGCAGGAACGGGAGGAUGAUCUCGAGCCCGGCGAAAGAUAUGCGGUUGUUGCCUACAACAAGCCGGCCUCACUCCUUCUCGAAUCCCACCAUCAACCAGCGACUUCCACGAACCCCUUUCCCCGACUCUGUGCCCUGGUGGCCUACUACCCUCAAAAUCUCGACAACAGCCAAGAUCAUCUUUUUGUAAACACAAACGGCAGCCCCAUCAGCAAAGUCCUGACUAAUAAUGCAAACGCUAACACCACGACCUCAUCCUCCACCACUCCAACGACCUACCCUCCCUCGGUAAACCUUCUUCCUAUUCAGAUCCAUCUCGUUGGUGACUGGUGCUCCGCCGGCAACGAAGCCUCCAACCCUACCCACACUCGUAAACGGCACCGCUGCCACUCCUUCUUCUACCCGGAGUCCAACGCAGGGUUCGCGGAGCCCAGCUCCCCCGCGUACGACGGCAUCGCUGCGCGACUAGCCUGGUCCCGGGCCCUUGAUGUUCUGAAACGCGGAUUCGGCUGGCCCGGAAACGGUGGGGGGUGGAAGGUCCCAGACGUGGAAAGCGUUUGGGAAGAAUACUGGCGGUGUCUGGCGGCCGCGUCGGCGGCUUGCACAGGGGCAGGGAACCCGGCCACGGUGACGGAGGAGCGAGAACGCCUGACUGCCGAUAUCGUCGGGCUGAUGGUAGGAAGUAGUAGUGGGGUGCAGUUGAAUGCCUCCGGAUUGAGUGAUGCCUCAGAGACCGACUACACGGCAACUGAGUCCCCGCUAGUGAAUUGUGUGCCAACUAUGUUAGGAGGAACCACCCCCAGAUCUCUCACCUCUUUCUUCACCACCCAGUUUCUCCCGACAGGUCCCCCGGAUCAACGGAUUCGUCUCCUUUCGCGUACUACUGGCGUCGAUCGCAUCGUUGAUGAGCUGCACUUGUCGUUCACCCACACCGAGGAGAUCCCUUGGUUGUUACCCGCGGUCCCGCCGACGGAUCGGCCCGUGCGCAUCGCCCUCGUCAUGACGGCAAGUUUCUGUGCGGGGAGCUUAGCCCGUCUCAAUAUUUAUUGGGAUCAGGCGAGCGUGUUGGUACAAGUUGGGCUGUUGGACCCGGCGGUUGUGCCGUCGGGAUUCAGAGCCACGGGGCUCAAUCGCGCCGGGAAGAAAGCCGUGGAGCGGAUCCCGGUGGUUGGCGCUGAAGGGGUCGGGAGGAUCAUCAACUGAAUUAGCCAUGGCUUUACUGUAUCUCUGCUUCUGAAUGCCUUUUGUGGGAUGGCAUAGCAUAAACUUAAUCAUCUUCUGGCUCAAGGCAACUACGACAAUGUGUCAGCGUGAAGGCGGAGUUUGGAUUGUUUCAUUACUAUAUAAGGCGUUGGAGCGAGAUCAUCUAUGCACUUAUGAUGU